CCAGUGGAGUAGGACUUCCUGCUUUUACCAGGAAAAGCACCUACACAGGAGGCUGUUGUGCUGACUCCACUGCUGCUCCUUCGCUAGAAAACAAACCUUCCAAACUCAGGGGAGUAACAACUUACAUAUAAGAUGUCCGCCGUGGGUCAUGCGCAAGUCCACCCAGUGACAGCAGUGGCAUGGACCUCCAACUCCACCACCUGCCCCAAAGACUUCACCCUGAUCAGCAUCACUGAAGAUGGAGCAAAUGCAAACUUCACACGCAGCUUUGCAAUGAAAUCGGGAUAUUACCUUUGUUACAGUAAGGCCAUGUCAGGGGGUAUGGUAGUGGCGGACAUUCAGCUCAUCACGGACAAGGACGCCAUUCCUCAUGGCUAUUGCUUCAUAGCAGAGCACCUAGAACCAAAGGCCACAGUUUCAAAGAAGAAACGUGUCUGUGUGCGUGUUGUCCCGGUGGGUAGCGUGGACACAGCCGUGUUGGACAUCAAACUGACGGCCAAAAGCAAAAUGAUGUUACAGCACUACACAUAUGUUGGAGACGUCCAUGGCUACGUGCUGUGGUGUAAGAAGGGUCAUUUUGCCAGUCCUACACCUAAAGCCAAGCCCCGCAGCGUCAGUCUGGAUAUGCGCAGACUGUCACUAGAGCGUCCGUCUUCUCCUCAGCCACUAAGACCAAGCAAUCAUCUUCAAGGGCCACAUGGUAAACUCAGCCAUAGGCGCUACUCCCUCCAUGUCAAGGACACUGUGGACAAACCAGCUGACAGCAGCAUCCAGGGCAUCACAGCUCUAGAGGGAGUUCCCUUCAGCCUUCACCCGAAGUUUGAGAUCCAGCCAAAUAGUACCACCCCUCAGCUGACCACACAGCUCAACAACAUUCGCAUUAAGUCCCUCCAGGACAUAGAAAAUGAGUAUAGCUACACAUUUGCAGUGGAGGAGUUUGCUGCCAAGAGGACCAGACCUACAGUCUCCACACCUUCAUCAGCUCAGUGAUGCUUGCACAACAUCCCAAAUGAAGGACCAUCACAUCUGUGUGCAGCUUUUGGAACAUGUCGUUCUUUAGUAAAAUAUGUUAUUUAAAGCUGCUGCAUUAAAGUACUAUUUAAAAGGUUUGGAAACCAUACCAUCUUGGCACAUUCUAAUUCGCUCUAAUUCGGAAUAACAGGGUGAAGUCAAAUGAUCUGCAAUUAUCCUGUUUGCUCUUAGGUGCUUAAUUUACAAUGGAAGCUAACGUCAUACCAUACAGGUAUAUGGAGAUGCACCAUUGCUACCAUUAGAAUCAUCAAACAAUAUCAACUCAAGACCACAUUAAGCUGUGCAUGCAUCUCUGAAUGUACCAGUACUUUU